CUGUCCUCACUACUCUCUUUCCACUCCCUCGUCCUGCGCAUUCGCACCCGUACACGCUUCCGAAAGCUCUUUGCCUUGUGCCUGCGAGCUUGUGGACUGGCCAGAAGAGCCACGUCUCUCAAUUCACAGCCGUGGGGUUUGGCCUCAGCAACACACACGCCCAACAGCCAAGAUGCGUCUAGACGUCAAGAGACAGCUUUUCGCGCGGUCAGAGCGAGUUAAGGGUAAGGAUUUUCACCCGACCGAGCCAUGGAUCCUCACCACUCUAUACAGCGGACAUGUCCACGUCUGGUCGUACAUAACGCAGUCGAUCGUUAAGACGUUUGAGCUUACCGAUGUACCUGUCCGAGCAGGUCGCUUCAUUGCGAGGAAGAAUUGGAUAGUCGCAGGCUCCGAUGACUUCCAAUUGCGCGUAUACAACUACAAUACUUCGGAGAAGGUCACAUCGUUCGAGGCACAUCCAGACUAUAUCCGUGCCAUCGCCGUGCACCCGACCCAACCCUUCGUCUUGACCGCCAGUGAUGACAUGACAAUAAAGUUGUGGGACUGGGAGAAAUCAUGGAAGUGCGUACAAGAGUUCGCGGGCCAUCAGCACUACGUUAUGGGCAUCGCCAUAAACCCCAAAGAUCCGAACACAUUCGCGUCCGCAUGUCUCGACAGGACGGUCAAGAUUUGGUCACUCGGCAGCUCAACGCCAAAUUUCACCCUCGAGGCGCAUGAGACCAAGGGUGUGAACUUUAUCGAUUACUACCCGCAAUCCGACAAGCCAUACCUCCUUACCACGUCCGAUGACCGGACAGUCAAGGUUUGGGACUACACCACCAAGGCUCUAAUUGCGACACUCGAGGGCCACACGUCCAAUGUCAGCUUCGCUGUAUAUCACCCCGAACUUCCCGUCAUCAUCUCCGGAUCUGAAGAUGGCACCAUCAAAAUCUGGCACUCCUCGACCUACCGCCUAGAACAGUCUCUGAACUACGGUCUGGAACGUGCUUGGUGUGUAGCGUAUCAGAAGGGCAAGAACGGUGUGGCGCUUGGCUUCGAUGAUGGCGCUGUUGUCAUCACUAUGGGCCGUGAAGAGCCAGCUGUUAGUAUGGAUUCCGGCGGCAAGCUACUUUGGGCAAGACAUAACGAUAUUCUCACUGCUGUCAUCAAGGGCAGCGAUCAACUAAAAGAUGCCGAACGGCUCACCCUUCCUAGCAAGGAUCUGGGCUCCACCGAAAUCUACCCUCAGUCGUUGCUCCACUCUCCAAACGGGCGAUUUGUCGCUGUUUCUGGCGAUGGCGAAUACAUCAUCUACACGGCACUUGCACUCCGUAACCAGGCUUUUGGUUCCGCUUUGGACUUCUGCUGGGCAUCGAAAGAACACGAUAAGGAUUACGCUAUUCGGGAAUCGGCAACCAGUGUCAAGAUUUUCCGCAACUUCAAGGAGCGAAGUGUACUGAACGUUGGCUUCUCCGCUGAAGGCCUAAGCGGCGGUGUCUUGCUUGGUGUGAAGGGCCAGGGUGGCAUCGGUCUGUUCGACUGGGAUUCUGGCGCCUUGGUCCGAAGGAUAGAGGUCGACCCAAAGAGCGUCUACUGGUCAGAGAGUGGCGAGCUUGUUACCCUUGCUACAGAAGACACAUUUUACGUCCUGAGAUACUCGAGAGAGAAUUAUCUGGAGGCAGUGCAGAAUGGCGAAGUGGACGAGGAUGGCGCUGAAUCUGCAUUCGAGGUUAUUUGCGACAUCAACGAGAGCGUCCGUACUGGCACAUGGGUGGGAGACUGCUUCAUUUACACCAACAGCACGAACCGCCUGAACUACCUUGUCGGAGACCAGACGUACACCAUCUCGCAUUUUGACUCACCGCACUACCUUCUCGGAUACCUCCCCCGCGACUCCCGGAUUUACAUUGCAGACAAGGAUGUCAACGUCGUUUCUUUCGCUCUCUCCCUGGCCGUAGUCGAGUAUCAGACUCUCAUUCUGCGAGGCGACCUCGAAGCCGCUGAAGAGACACUGCCCUCAGUGCCAAAAGACCAGAACAACAAGAUUGCCCGCUUUCUCGAGGGUCAAGGCUACAAGGAGAUGGCGCUCAAGGUGGCCACUGACGCUGAGCAUCGCUUUGAUCUCGCUCUCUCUCUAGGUGAUCUACAACAAGCUGUUGAGAUUGCGAGGGAGCAGGAUACGGAGCACAAAUGGAAGACGGUUGGUGACGCGGCGCUUGCUGGGUGGGACGUGAAACUGGCGCAGGAGUGCUUUGUAAAAGCCAAAGACCUUGGAUCUCUCCUCCUGCUCUAUUCAGCAACGUCGGACGCCAGCGGUCUCCGUGAUUUGGCCUCCCUAGCCGAGACAGCCACGGCAAACAACGUGGCCUUUUCUGCACUCUGGCAAGUCGGCGAUGUACAGGCUUGUAUUGACCUUCUUGUCAAGACCAACCGGCUUUCAGAGGCUGUUCUAUUCAGUCAGACAUAUAAGCCGAGCGCCACAGCCGGUCUUGUCGGAGAAUGGAAGGCCAGCCUAGAGAAGGAGAACAAGGUCAAAGUAGCGAGGCUUCUCGGUGUACCGCCGCAUGACGGCGAAGGCGACGACGACAUGUUCCCGGAGUGGGAGGAAUAUCUGCGGUUGGAAAAGGAAGGUGGCACUGUUGAGGAUCUGCUUAUUCAGGAGGAUGAGGCGGAAGCCGAGGACGCCGAAGAAGAAGUCGUGGCUGAUGCGGAAGAAGACGAGGAAGAAGAGGACGAUGAGGAUGAUGAUGAAGAGGAAGAAGAAGACGACGAGGACGAGGAGUAGAUGUCACGGGAGAUUAAUGAAGUAUCUUAUCUUUGGAAAAAGGAUUGGGGUAGAGCGUCCCGUCUUCUGAAGCAUCAUGGGUGAUUCAAUGACUUGUUUGGGGGGGCUUCUGGGGCACUACUAUACGUAGCAUUUAGAGAAAUGACAAAAAUGAAAUUAACAUGUUCAUCACAC